AUCUAUGUCAUCUGUUACCCUUCGAAGUGCUCGCACAUGCUGCAACCUCUCGAUGUUGCCGUGUUUGCGCACAUACAGUCGAAGUGGAAGAAUCAUUGUGACGAUCUCAUGGAUAAUCGUAUCCGCAUAACCCGUUACAACGUGAUUGAAGAGUACAUGGCUAUCCAACGCGAAGUCAUGACACCGGACCUCAUCCGUACUGCCUUCAGGAAAAGCGGCCUCUAUCCGCUCAAUCCCGAC